AUGGCCAGUACCUCGACCGAAAGCAAGACUUUGAGACCGCCAGGAAACUAUCUCGCCAUUGAUGGCGGCAUCAGCACGCUCUCUUCGCUCAUCAUCCUCGAAGAAAUGUUUGAGCGGUUGAAGUUCGACCUUAACAGCUCAGAAGAUCUUCGGCCAGCCCGAUUUCUAGACGCUAUCAUCGGUACAGGUACCGGGGGAAUCGCGGCUAUACUCUUAGGAAAGUUGGGCAUGACCGCUACAGAGGCUAUCGAUGCCUACAGCACGCUAGAGGGCGCAAUGGCGAGGACCAAGGCAACUAAUGACAGCGAAAGAGCCUCGAACACUGCACGGUUCAGAGAAGCAUUUGUGUCGAUCCUUCGUGCCCACAAAAUGGAAAACUUGUUCAUGCAUGACGAAAAGCCAAAUACAGCGACGUGUAAGACAAUUGUUUGCGCCAUGAACAAAGCCAAUAUGGCUGGCUGUCAUCUGAUCAGAUCUUAUCAGUCUAGGGGGAUGACCUCCCCAAAAUGUAGCAUCCUUGAUGCUGCUUGUGCCAGUAUCAAUGAUCCGGAGAUGUAUGAUCCAGUUCUCCUUGGGGCAGGCCACAGCUCUGUAACAUUGAUCAAUGCUAUGAUGGGUUAUGCCAAUCCCAUCAAGGAGCUGAUGAGAGAAACUCAGACUGCCCCAUUUGGCGGAGAGAAUUCGCAAAUCUCGACGGUCAUCAGCUUAGGAGCAGGGAAGCACGGACCGCUAGAGGCCAGUAGACUCAGCGAUGCCAUACGGAACAUCGCUGCAGGCGCCGAGCGUACACACCAAGAAAUGCAAGGACGCUUACGCGUGGAGGGCAUCUACUUCCGCUUUAACGUUGACCAAGGCAUUCAGCCUGAUGACGAUAUCAGCACCGUGAACGGCAAAACACGAGCAUAUGUGGAGAUACCCGACGUUAAUAGCGCGAUCGAUAACUCCUUGACCUCCCUGCGACAUCGAGAGGAGCGGCUGUCUGCGAAACAGAUCAAUACAAUCAAGGUGGUUGAAGUAGGCUUUAAGCCGCGACCGGCGCUGGUCCCAAACUUCAUCGGCCGCGAGGACAUCCUUCAAGGACUGCGCAGGACGCACAUCUCUCCGCAUACUCCAAUGUCUCCAGCGCUCCGAUUCUGUUUGGAUUUUGAGCAAGCGAACCCUGAGGCCCGCGUAUACUUCCUCGACGCCCGUUCGGAGUCCAAGCUCACUGCAGACUUGAAGCCAUCGCUCGCUCGUGCGGGUCGAAGUUCAAAGGAAAGGAUGGAGAAUGCCCUUGAAUACUUUGCCGGCCUACCACAAUUCCUGAUUAUCAUGGACAACGCCGACGAUACGACACUUCGUAUCUCUCAGUUUUUCCCACAAUGCAGCCACGGCCACAUCAUCAUCACCAGUCGUAAUGCGACAUAUUCCCAGCUCGCCCGUACAAGCAACUGGGAAGUUCGAGACUUAUCUCCGGAACAAGCCAGGGAUCUGUUGCUGACAGACGCCGAUUAUGAAAAGACGGAGACCAAUGUCGAAGACGCCAGUAAAAUUGUCGAGGCUCUUGGAUGCCUGCCGUUGGGUGUAGCGCAUGCGGCAGCCUACAUUCAUACACACCGAUGUCUCUCGACAUAUCUUCAGACCUAUCAACAGAGCUCGAGGCAACUCCUUGCUUAUACUCUGCCGCACGAUUUGAAUGAAUCGGUUGCCACGACCAUCAACAUGUCACUGGAGAAACUCCUCAGGAAUCCAGGAUAUCCUACGCAUCCUAUCCUUCUUCUCUGUAUCAUCUAUCGCCCACUCUAUCCUCAUCGACGCCCACGAACACCAGUUUCAACGACGUUCGCAAAGUGGGAAGAAACAUUCCAGCUCUGUUAG